AUGGUUGAGAAACUAGGUGGGGAAUCAAUUUCAUUAAUAAAUGAUGUCAAUGCUGCAACAACCGGACAGAAGCCUGCGGAUGAGGAUGUGCUGGGUAUGAAUGCAACUACAGGCAAUCUCACCUCUGAGACUGAAAGAAAGAAUGCACCAUCCAAUCAUUCAUCUUGUUUCACGGGUUUAUUGGUAUUCAUUCCUUGUGCUUUCUUAUGCAACAACUUUCCUAUAAUAGUAGCUGAUGCCACUAUUUGUAAGGAGUCGAGACUCCUUGAACCAGAAUUUGAUGAGGAGGCAAAAGUGUGUGAUGUCAUUUCAGAAGACCAGGUUUAUGAUUCUGGGCAGCCCAGUCCUAGGGAAGAAGUUCUGCACUUCUUAAAUGAACUUGGAUGGCUAUUCCUAAGGAAGUCUUCUAUGCUUGCAGGUCUUGAUUAUUCCCUUGCUUGGUUCAAAUUUCUAUUCAUAUUUUCGGUUGAGAGGGACUGUGGUGCCUUGGUCAAAACACUUCUAGACAUAUUGGUGGAAAGAAACUUGGGCAGUGAUGGGCUAUUGAGCAAGUCUUUGGAGGCUUCAAUUCCUACUGUUGAAGGGCAAUGUGAAUCCAAAUGCUCAAGGAAGCAGUCUUUGCUUCGCCAAAAUUGGUGGGCUCAAGAGAAGCUUGCAAAACAUGGAAUCAUAUGGUUAUCUAAUGGGUGA